AUGAAGACUGCAUACUUUGCCAAGCAUCCCAAGAGAAAACGAGGUCCAGGCUUAAAGGUGAAUCUUGAAAAACUGUGGUCAACUUCUAAGCUAGAUGAUUCAGUCAUAAUCGAAGGAAAUAAAACUUUAGAAGCAUCUAUCAAGGCUAGUGGACGAAAGGCUAGAAAACGAUUAGAGAAUAAAAAUGCCACAAAAGAGAUUGAAAGUGAACAAUCCAGUGAAGCAGAAAGCUCUUGUAAGAGUGAUGAAGAAGAAGAAACAGUGGACGACAUUGCAUAUACACUCAAUCAUGAAGAUGCCACUGAAUUCGAGCAAGCCUUAUUUUCUACUACUGACUCACCACAUAUACUGAAGAAUGGUCACAACUUUAGCAAAAGUUUCAAGAGAUUUCAGUUAAAAUCAUAUCAGGAAACAAAGUCCUCUGUACAGAUUCUGAAUGGCACCAAUUUAGAUCUUUUUAUCACGCCAAAAGACGAGUAUGAUCAAGCAAUGCCGAAUGUAAUUGGACUCGAUGGAGCUCUCGGUGUUGGCGUACCUGUCUGUGGUGGUAUCGGUGAAGCUCUGUGUGGUGGAAUCGGUGAAUUUUUCGGUGUCGGUGAAGCUCUCGGUUUUAUGAAAGCUCUUGUGUAUGUGCAUGGCGCAACAAGAUAUUCAAAAAAGAAAGACUUUCUGAUAUCUGGUGUCCUUGACGCUGACUCUUGUGAAGGUUAA